CAUUCUCUCUGCUGCAUCCAUCUUUUCACCGCCACAUUCGUUCUGCCCGGCGGCCCGUCUUCAUCUGUCUAACUCCGAACGAACUGGGUUUUCUCACAUUCUCUUUUCUUCGUAGUAACUACCUCUAUCUUUUUUCCAGCGGCCGCCACCGCCACAUCCUUAUUGCCGGUCUGCCCUUCUUCAUCUGUGUUCCAUUAAAAUGGCUUCUCUGCUUAGAGUCUCUGCCAAUGGGUUUCGGUCGGAGAAGUUACCACUGUUAUCAAGAGGCAAAAGAAGACAAGGUAUUGCUGCAAAGAAAGCAGCUUUUCGUUGGGUUCCAGUAGCAAUGUCGUUAUCCAUGUCGACCACAGCCAUUCAACAUAACCAGAAAGCAACUUCACUGGACCUCGCCAUCCCAAUCAUGGUAAAUAGCUGUACCGGUAAAAUGGGAAAGGCUGUUAUCAAAGCAGCAGAUUCUGCUGGACUUCAUAUUGUCCCUGUGUCUUUUGGUGCAGAGAAGGAGUCUGGGCAGACUAUUGAACUGUGUGGCAAAGAGAUUUUGGUCCAUGGUCCUUCUGAAAAAGAAAGCGUCCUUGCGUCUGUCUUUCAUGAGUAUCCAAACCUGAUCGUGGUAGACUACACUGUGCCUGCCACUGUUAAUGAUAAUGCUGAGCUAUAUUCCAAAGUUGGAGUACCUUUUGUUAUGGGAACCACUGGUGGAGACAGGGAUCGACUGUAUAAGACUGUCGAAGAUUCAAAUGGUUAUGCUGUGAUCUCACCACAAAUGGGGAAACAGGUUGUUGCGUUUCUUGCAGCCAUGGAGAUCAUGGCUGAGCAAUUUCCUGGAGCCUUCUCUGGAUAUUCUCUGCAGGUGACGGAGUCUCAUCAAGCAAGCAAACUGGACACCUCGGGGACUGCUAAGGCUGUAAUUUCUUGCUUUCAGAAGUUGGGGGUGUCAUUUGGCAUGGAUCAGAUACAAAUGAUCCGGGAUCCCAAGCAGCAGAUUGAGAUGGUGGGAGUUCCAGAAGAGCAUUUGGCUGGUCAUGCUUUUCAUUUGUACCAUCUAACAUCACCUGAUAAAACAGUUUCAUUUGAGUUUCAGCAUAAUGUUUGCGGCAGAUCGAUAUAUGCCGAGGGUACUGUUGAUGCUGUACUUUUCCUUGCUAAGAAGGUUCAGUCAAGUGCCAACAAGCGCAUCUAUAAUAUGAUUGACGUCUUGCGGGAAGGUAACAUGCGAUAAUAUGGUGUUUCCAUGCACUGUUGUUGUAUAAGUGUAUUCUGUAGCUCAAGAUGUUUAGGAUUAUGAGACACAAGGAGAGGCAAUUUUGUAUUGAGGGCGCGGGUCUUCUCCGUUGUUUGCAGUGAGUUGUUUUAGUGUAAGAAGCACAAGAUGAUGAUGAUGAAAAGAUAACGGCACAAUAGUUUAAUUUUUUUUUUUUGAUUUCUUAAAAAUUUUUUUAUUUUGAUUUCUUUAAUCAAGCUCAUAUUGAUAGAAUUA